AUGUCAGGGCAUCAUCAUCAUCAUCACCAUGGGGGCCAUUGCCAUGGAGAAGAUGGCCACGACCACUCAGACGACAUCACCCCCGCCGUCCAGUCCCUGCUUUACUCCCAGAUCCAGUUUGACUCCAUAGUCACCCUAAACGAGGCGACGCCGAAAUCCGGUGCUGCUAUUGUGCAGAAAACCUGGACUGAAAGACUUAAUGAUAACCCGGAGCUUGAGAGCGAUGCUGAUGAGCAGUUGCUCAUGUAUAUCCCUUUCGCCGGACAAGUAAAGCUACAUUCCAUCCUCCUAUACACGGCACCGACUCCCUCCGCGCCCAAGACGCUCAAGCUCUUCAAGAAUCGCAACGACCUCGAUUUCAGCACAGCAUCAGAUCUCACCCCAACGCAGACUGUCGAAGUCCCACAGCCAGUGCCUGGUGCAGAUGUCUUCGAGUUACCGCUGAAUCGCGCACACUGGAAUGCGACGACUUCCAUCACCUUAUUCUUCGAGGAUAACUGGAGUGACGGGGAGGAAGAGGUAACUAAGGUGGGAUACGUUGGCUUCAAAGGACAAUUUAUGGCGCUGAGUAGGGAACCAGUCAGCUUCCUUUACGAGGCUGCUGCAAACCCUAGUGACCAUGUUGCCAUCCAGGGUGUGGAGGGCGUAGGUGGAAGGAUAAUGCCGGGACAGUAA